GCCCCUCUCGCUCGAGAUUGAUGACCCGCCUAACCAAUAGAGCACGCCGGGUCGGCGGGUGGAUGAACGCGGUCUUCUGUAAUGGCGGAGCGUGGCGGGGACGGGGGGGACGGCGAGCGCUUCAACCCGGGGGAGCUCAGGAUGGCUCAACAGCAGGCCUUGAGGUUUCGAGGCCCAGCUCCCCCGCCAAAUGCAGUGAUGCGAGGCCCACCGCCUCUCAUGCGACCUCCUCCACCUUUUGGUAUGAUGCGAGGUCCUCCGCCACCACCUCGGCCCCCCUUUGGACGUCCUCCUUUUGACCCUAAUAUGCCACCAAUGCCUCCUCCAGGAGGGAUUCCUCCACCUAUGGGCCCUCCGCACCUUCAGAGACCACCUUUCAUGCCUCCACCCAUGGGAACCAUGCCUCCUCCUCCGGGUAUGAUGUUUCCACCAGGAAUGCCUCCUGUGACUGCCCCUGGUACUCCAGCACUGCCUCCGACUGAGGAGAUAUGGGUUGAAAAUAAAACGCCAGAUGGGAAGGUUUAUUAUUAUAAUGCUCGGACACGUGAAUCUGCCUGGAGCAAGCCAGAUGGAGUUAAGGUUAUUCAGCAGUCAGAACUGACACCUAUGCUUGCAGCCCAGGCCCAGGUUCAGGCCCAGGCCCAAGCGCAAGCACAGGCCCAGGCGCAGGCACAGGCCCAGGCUCAGGCCCAGGCCCAAGCUCAGGCCCAGGCCCAGGCUCAGGCUCAGGCCCAGGCCCAGGCUCAGGCGCAAGCACAGGCCCAGGCUCAGGCCCAGGCCCAGGCACAAGCACAGGCUCAGGCUCAGGCCCAGGCCCAGGCGCAAGUGCAAGCACAAGCAGUAGGAGCUUCCACCCCUACGACUAGUAGUCCAGCGCCUGCAGUAUCCACGUCAACAUCAUCAUCCACCCCAUCCUCUACCACUUCUACUACGACAACUGCCUCUUCGGUUUCGCAGACAGUAUCAACACCCACAACACAAGAUCAGACCCCAAGUUCUGCUGUUUCAGUUGCUACGCCUACAGUUAGUGUUUCAACUCCUGCUCCUACAGCCACACCUGUGCAAAAUGUUCCCCAGCCGCACCCCCAGACGUUACCUCCUGCUGUCCCUCAUUCAGUACCUCAGCCAGCAGCAGCGAUACCUGCUUUUCCACCAGUAAUGGUACCUCCGUUUCGUGUUCCCCUUCCUGGCAUGCCAAUUCCGCUUCCAGAGCACUUUCAGAAUUUCAUCUUGCAAGAAAGAAACCAAAAACUUUCAAGAAUUGAUGGUGUAGCAAUGAUGCAAAUAGUCAGCUGCCCGUAUGUAAAGACAGUCGCUACCACCAAGACCGGUGUGUUGCCAGGAAUGGCCCCUCCUAUUGUACCCAUGAUACAUCCCCAGGUUGCUAUUGCAGCUUCACCUGCUACCUUAGCUGGAGCAACAGCUAUUUCUGAGUGGACUGAAUAUAAAACAGCAGAUGGGAAGACAUAUUAUUAUAAUAAUAGAACAUUAGAAUCAACCUGGGAAAAACCCCAAGAACUGAAAGAAAAAGAAAAAUUAGAAGAGAAGAUUAAAGAGCCAAUUAAAGAACCUUCUGAAGAACCUUUGCCAAUGGAAACGGAGGAGGAGGAUCCUAAAGAAGAGCCAAUAAAAGAGAUCAAGGAGGAACCCAAAGAAGAAGAGAUGACCGAAGAAGAAAAGGCUGCCCAAAAGGCAAAGCCAGUAGCUACUACCCCUAUUCCUGGUACUCCAUGGUGUGUUGUUUGGACUGGUGACGAGCGGGUCUUCUUCUAUAAUCCUACCACCCGUCUUUCUAUGUGGGACCGACCUGAUGAUCUCAUUGGAAGAGCGGAUGUUGACAAAAUUAUUCAGGAGCCCCCUCAUAAAAGAGGAAUGGAAGAAUUGAGGAAGCUAAGGCACCCAACGCCGACAAUGCUGUCCAUCCAAAAGUGGCAGUUCUCUAUGAGUGCAAUUAAAGAAGAACAAGAAUUAAUGGAAGAACUUAAUGAAGAUGAACCAGUUAAAGCCAAAAAAAGGAAGAGAAUGUCAAAGAAGUCCUUUAUGUGGAUUGCCCGAGCUUCUCUAUUUAGGAGAGAUGAUAAUAAAGACAUUGAUUCAGACAAAGAAGCUGCAAUGGAAGCUGAAAUUAAAGCUGCCCGAGAAAGGGCCAUUGUCCCUCUGGAGUCCCGAAUGAAGCAGUUCAAGGACAUGCUGCUAGAAAGAGGGGUGUCUGCUUUUUCAACAUGGGAGAAGGAGUUGCACAAGAUAGUUUUUGAUCCUCGGUACUUACUUCUCAACCCUAAAGAACGAAAACAGGUUUUUGAUCAGUAUGUAAAGACCAGGGCAGAGGAAGAACGCAGGGAAAAGAAAAACAAAAUAAUGCAAGCCAAGGAAGAUUUCAAAAAAAUGAUGGAAGAAGCAAAAUUUAAUCCAAGAGCAACUUUUAGUGAAUUUGCAGCCAAGCAUGCUAAAGAUUCAAGAUUCAAAGCAAUUGAAAAGAUGAAAGAUCGAGAAGCCUUGUUUAAUGAAUUUGUGGCAGCUGCAAGAAAAAAAGAGAAAGAAGAUUCAAAGACGAGAGGGGAGAAGAUUAAAUCAGAUUUCUUUGAAUUAUUAUCUAAUCAUCACCUGGACAGUCAGUCUCGAUGGAGCAAAGUAAAAGACAAAGUAGAAAGUGAUCCACGUUACAAAGCAGUGGACAGUUCAUCAAUGAGAGAAGACCUUUUCAAACAGUAUAUUGAAAAAAUAGCCAAGAAUUUAGACUCAGAAAAAGAAAAGGAGCUUGAAAGGCAAGCCCGCAUUGAGGCUAGCCUUAGGGAACGCGAAAGAGAGGUCCAGAAGGCUCGGUCCGAACAAACGAAAGAAAUAGAUCGAGAGAGAGAGCAGCACAAACGGGAAGAAGCCAUCCAGAACUUCAAGGCACUUCUGUCUGACAUGGUUCGUUCUUCAGAUGUGUCCUGGUCAGACACUCGGAGGACCCUCCGGAAAGAUCACCGCUGGGAGUCUGGAUCCUUGUUGGAGAGAGAGGAGAAAGAGAAGCUUUUUAAUGAACACAUUGAAGCACUUACCAAAAAGAAGAGGGAGCACUUUAGGCAACUUCUGGAUGAAACUUCUGCAAUUACCUUAACAUCCACAUGGAAAGAAGUAAAAAAAAUCAUCAAGGAAGACCCUCGGUGCAUUAAGUUCUCCUCCAGUGACAGGAAAAAACAAAGAGAGUUUGAAGAAUACAUCAGAGACAAAUACAUCACUGCCAAAGCCGACUUCAGGACGCUUCUGAAAGAGACCAAAUUUAUAACAUAUAGAUCCAAAAAGCUAAUCCAGGAAUCUGAUCAGCACCUGAAAGACGUUGAAAAAAUUUUGCAGAACGACAAACGGUAUCUCGUACUAGACUGUGUGCCAGAGGAGAGGCGGAAGCUGAUCGUGGCGUAUGUGGAUGACCUGGACCGCCGGGGCCCUCCGCCCCCUCCCACAGCAUCGGAGCCCACCCGACGAUCAACAAAAUAACCCUGCAUACUCUUCCACGGGGGCUUCUAUUACUUCAAAAUGCUUGCAUGAGCCAAUUUUCAGGUUUUUUUUACAUGUAUGUGCAUUAGUCAAACUAUUGCAAAACCAUCUGAUGAACAGAAGGAGAAGCAUUCGUGAACAGUUGCUGAACAGAGAACACUUUGGAAAUAUUUAUGCUUUUCUUUGUGUGGCAUGACUGACAUACAUACUCAAAUAUAGGCUGUCUCUAGUAAAUCUAAAAUCUUGAAGCUAAAAAUCAUCCUUUUAUGAGGUGUGGAAGUCAGUGACUUUUGGUGACGUUCUUUCUAGCAGUGUUAUACAUGCAAGACAUAAGAUCAUUUGUGGUUUGAACUUGCAAGAUACAAAUACCACAGUCUCCCAAAAAACAUAGGCUGGGGUUUGUUUUGAUUUUGUUUUUCAAAGCGGGUAAAAGAGAAAACACUGAAAAUGGAAUUCUUAUCUUCCAGAGGUUAAGAUUAUUAUAAUGGACAUACUUUUACCUUUGUCUCUAAAGAACACUUUAGUUUUAUUUGUUCACUUACGAGCUUUGAUUAUCCCCUCUGAAUUAUAGGCCAAGUCUUGUUUAGCCUAAGAGAAGAUUUAUUUAGGAAUUUCUUCUCAGGUAUGGAGCCACGGUCAUAACUAAUAUGUUGGCCAGAAUAGAACUGCUGGUUAAACACAUUCACCAUUAAGUGAUCUUUAUCAAUAUUCUGGAUUAGACAACAGAUUACCUUUUUGGGUGUUCCCUGUAAACUGUACUCCUGUUUGAAUGUUAAACUUUUGUUUCUAAAGUUUAAUUUUAAGAUGUUGAAUGUUCAGUUUAUGUAUUUGAACUACAAUAAACCAACCCUUUUUCUAUA